UAAGCUCUCACGAUUCGCUUCGUUCUCAGCCCAAUUUAUCUUCUCAUGUAUUUCAUUUCACCCCUUCCUUCUUCAUCUACUAAUUCUUCGCCUGAUUUAUGACUUCUGCAUUUUUAGGAGUAAUGCCUGAGACUCAAGAGGUGCCGUCGAACGGGAUAUUGUUUGUUUUCUUGCUUCCUUUCUCUGAAAUGAUUGAAUAGUCUUCGUUCAUUGUUCAACCUAGGGUCCGCCGUGUAUGCCAAACAACGCUAACUGCAGCGACGGCCACAAUGCGAGCCCAUCGUUACUCUUUACCACGCCUCUGAUAUGUAUUUGACCAUCCCAUAUUUUGAUAUCAAUGAGAAAGGUCGCAAGGUGAGUAGGCUCUACACAUGAUGUUCAAAUGUGGUCCACUUUGCCUCGUAUACUCGAGAAAUGAAUAUGACAUCCUGGUUUGUUUCCUGCGUCUUGCGCCUUGUACGAAGAGUCUCGACUCGCGGAAUCUGUGUCUUCUUGGGCAUCGCAUCUUCUUCCUAUUAAGUUGCCUGCUGGGAGUAGGUCUGUAUUAGAGUGCUUAGAAAGUAACUGAUGCCUACUAUCAGAUCUUAUUAUCGGGGCAAUCUUAUUGGACGAACUCAAGGUUAUGCCAACUGGAGACGUGGUACUUCCAUUCAAUGCGACAAACAUGCGACCCAUGUUCAUCGAACGCUCGAGGCUUAUCCUUUUCUCCCCGUCCUCCCUUCCCUGGAAUCCCUCUUCAGACGAAGACGACCUUGGUUUAGGUACUACCAAAAAUGAUCAAGGUAUAUUUUCUCGAUGACGACCAUCUGCGAGGCACACAUAGUCAGAUAAUUUUUGCUCUGAGUCCCAUCUCCCAACCUAGACAUCCUUCCACUCUUCUCGCAUGGCGGGUCUUUGAUAUCCAAAAUGAUCCAGUUUGUUCAUUUGAAUGCAGCGAAGAUUUGGCCGUCUGUACUGUAACGUCUCAAUCCGAGUGCCUCCAAGCCAAAGAGCAGCGUGUAGUCCCGCUUGGAUAUAGCACCAAACUUCUGCGUUCCGCUGGUGGUUUUGCAUGGAGCAACAGCGAAAGACUACUUAAGGACUCGCCUUUUUCAAUUGCCGCCUGGAAUGCCUCGGAAAUUCCACAAGAUAUUGCAGUAUGCACCGUAACAGAUGAAGUGCAAAGUGCCGACGAAGAUAGUCUGAUUUUGCCAUUUGUUGUGUUUACCACCAUCUCGCCGAAUGGUCAUUUGUCAAUGAAAGGCAAGCUUCGCCUUCAAGCAUUUUUUGGUUCUGGUGUCCUUCAAGGAAAGCAGCUUGAUACGAUGACGAAGAGGAACAAAAUUGUUCAAAUCCUAGACGAGCAGGGUAAACCAUGGGAGAUAUCCAUUGAUAGGACAACCCAGCACGGCAUAUAUGCAUUCAGAAAAGACAAGGCUGGCCAUCGAUAUCUCUGCCCGGCAGGCUCCGAAGCUAACUUUUAUUCUCAAUCACUCCUCGCGAAUCAGAACAACCGCAGAAACUCCGCAAUCCACCCUACAUUAUGGUCGGAAGAAGCGACCUUGUAUCCAGGCCCAGCACCACGUGCGGUUCCGCCAACCUACCAACAACAGUUGUCUACCGACAAGGUGAAUGCAUCUCGUUCAUUGCCACAAAAGCAAUCCAGGAGUUUCGGUAGUUCUCUUAUACGCGGUUUCAAGAAUGCCGCGGGAGAUCGUUUGAAGGAUUUGAACAGAUUCAUGAAGGAUCUGACCGGUAUCUCAUUUUUCGGAUCAUCAGAACCGGCUGGUCACUCUAUCAAGUCUGGGGUUAACCAUGCACACGCCACCGCGAUGACACAUGGGGAUACACAGUUAGUGCAAUGGUUUGAAGCUACGGAUGUGGAUCACUCGGGCGAGAUCACCAUACACGAGUUGUAUAGAGCAUUUCUGAAGGACGAUAGCACCUUUGAGAUAGACACAGUGCGGAUGUUGAUGACUUUGUUUGACAAGGACACGAACGGGACACUUAGUUUCGGCGAGGCUAUCGCUCUCUGGGAUUACAUCAAGACUUGGCAGGAUGAAUUUCAGCGGUUUGAUCGUGAUCAUAAUGGAAAGAUAGACAGAACAGAGCUACAGGCUGCGUUAGAUACUUUCGGCUAUCAUCUGUCGCCGCAGCUCCUUGCUCGUUUGAGCGCUCGACAUGGUUUCUAAAGGUCUUCAGAAUGGAUUAUCCUUCUCUCGUUUCAUGCGCAUCUGUGCUCAGAUCAAGGAGCAUACUGAGCGCUUUCAGAUGCUUGAUGAAGACGGCAAGGGGCAGGUCUCUGGGAUGACUUAUGAUCAAUUCAUGUAUGCCCAACCCGACAUGUAAUCCUAAGUGUAGCAUUUAUUCUCUGUUCCGGAUCCAUUCCCAGGUAGUACGUGAGGCGGAAUGAACUUGCUUAGUACCAGUUAUCGUAUGGACCAAAGUGGUCUUGACUAUAACUAUAUUAUAUCACUGGCUGUUUAUCAUAACAUUAGGACGCGAUGUCAGGAUCAAAAUUCAAGCACGUUUCCUCCAAUCAUCCCCAUAUUCACCCUGCC